AUGCCUGAACAACAGACCUACUCUGGCAGCGCCACUCAAGAUUCGCCUACUCAUGGUGCUCCAGUGCGGGCGGAUGCACCGUUCAACGCGGACACUGCCGAUUUCAUCCUACGUUCUGCGGAUAACGUUGAUUUCCACUUGCACACGCUCAUCCUGUCUAUGACCUCGUCCGUCUUCGAGUCCAUGUUUACCCUCCCAACCCCGCCCUCAAAAUCCCCAGACUUCCAAGACCAGGAAGACCAACUUCCCAUCAUCCCUGUCUCCGAAGAGUCCUCCCUACUCGACCUGCUCCUUCGCCUCAUCUACCCUACAUCCGCCCUAUCGACAGGCGAAACAAUCGCUUCGAAGCCAUUACCGACGAUCAUCUCACUCUAUGAUACAACAGACAAAUACGCCAUGAUUUCACUCAUCGCUUUCCUUCGGGAGCAUCUCAUCAAACACGCGUCGGAAGACCCUUUCGCUACAUACGCAUUCGGAUGCCGGCGUCAACUGUCGUGGCUCGUCGAUGCUGCCGCCACAGCAUCGUUAGACACAGACCUCGAUGAACUCGCUUACUCCCCACAGCUGGAGCUCAUCACGGCUGGAGACCUCCUUCGACUUCAGCGCUAUCAUCGUCAAUGCCAAAAAGCCGUCGAACCCCCGGUCAUGAGUGAUUGGAGAUCGAGUGAGGUGCCUGUCACGAACCCUUUGAUACCACCGUCUAGCCCCAACCCUGCUGCUGCAAUACCGAAUGACACUACCACUAUUAUGCCAAAAACAUGGGCAAAUCUCGCGGCGAGGUGGGGUGCAGUUGUGGUACAGGAGCCGAGUGUCCACCCAGCGCUUUCCAAUGCUCAAUGUUUCGUGAGGUUUCACGAACGUAUCUCGGAUCAUGCCCUUCGUCAAGCUCUCACCAGGUUCGGAUCCAUCAAGGAGAUCAAGAUAUUCCGUUCCCAAACCUACGCAUACGUCGAGUUUCAGCACGUCUCCGCCGCCAGGAAAGCGAUCAAUGCGUCUCUUAGGGGCGGGAUUUGGAUCGACGUUGGUCCCGGGGAGCAGAUAGCAAUCUCGGUGGAAAGGAGGAAUGGAAGAGUGUGA